UCGAAUCCACAUACCUUUUCUCAAUGCGCAUGCCGUAAAACCGAUUCUUCCGCUUCGAGUGCCAUUGUUUACCUAACUGCUGCUGCUGCAACACGGUGGCCUAACAUGGCAGUCGCAACAGCUCUAGCAAACCCCCAUGUCGUCUCCACGAUUCUCCAUCACCUCUCAGACAUGAAAUACAGAGAUCGGAGGCAAAAUGGACCCGACGAACCGGUAGAAUUUCUGGAAUUCCGCCCCACACUCGUCCCAUCCAUCUUAGUGAACCGGCUCUGGGCAGACGAGGGAACCGGUAUCCUGUGGCGACGCUAUCCCCAUCUCCCAGCGUUGCGAUGGGUAUCCCCGGAGCGGAGGCAGUACUACGCCGAUAAGGUGCAGCAGGUCUUUGUGAUGAGUCCACCUGAUGACUCUGCGAGCGAUUUGGACUACUUGAAGGGCUUGCGGUGGCCUAAUCUCAAGAGCUUGGAAUUCGAAGUGGAUUUUUUGCGGCAUGGCGGGGUUUUUGCGGAUAUGUUGCAUGGCGGGUUGGAGAGGUUGGAGUUGUUGGGGAUGCAAAGUGGCGAUUCAACCUACAUCUCUGGCAUCGUUCUUCCGGAGCUCUUUAAUUCUUGUAGUGGCCUGAAAAGUAUACGCAUUGGGCCUGAUGUCAUCGCGGAUGAUGACCCAGUUCACGUCAACGUUCUUUACCAGCUUUUGGAUACUCUUCCGGCAUUGAACAGUAUCGAAAUCAAGGACGCCAACUUCGUGGGCAAAGACGCGCUUUUCACACGGCUCAGCCAACGCCCUGGUCUGCAAAAUCUCGAGAUUGAUUUGGAUCCAGGAUCGGAUCUAGUAUCUUUGCUUUCGGGUCCGGAUGCACUGCCCUCGCCUUUCGCUUCACUGAAACGACUCGAGCUCAUGUGCUAUCCCGAAGUUGCAUUAGCUUUGCCGACUCACCUCCAUCUCCUCGAGCAUUUCAAGGUAGACAUCGCACGCAUACCCAACCAGCCCGCUCAAGCAUCCGACAUGGAGAUAUUCAAUCAUCUGCUUGAAGAGCUCACGCAUUGCCCCAACCUCCGCGUCGUCAAGAUCGCCAUCGGUCUCCUGGCAGAAGACUUCCCUUCCAUGUCGUCGUACCCAAAACUGUCUGGCCGAAGUCUAGUCAAAUUCGCGACCGCGUGUCCAAAUCUAUACGACCUUAGUGUCUUUACGAUCGAGUCCUCUACAAUCGAUGGCUCCGACAUCUCGGCUGUGGAAUUCGACGAGUUCUGUAGACAUUUGCCGAGAUUGAGGAGUUUGAAUCUCAGACUGCAGCCUACGACAGCAACGGCUCUCGAGACAAUGGCACUUUCAAGCUUGUCAAGUCAUUGUCCCGAACUAGAAGUUCUAAGGCUCAAAUUUGUGUGUCAGCUGCCUGCUUUGCCGGCCUCUGCUAUAACCUUGGAUACUCUGCCAGAUCAACCAGCAGACACCGACCAUCACGACGCAGUCAAAGAACUCACGCUUCUCGAAGCUGAAUCUAGGGCAACUACUGCGCUCUUUCCCAAACUAACACAUUUAGCACUCUCUCGUCCUGUCACCGCUCUCGCACCUACGACAUCUACGACGCACACGUACACAACUGCCAUUUCCUCGUCUUCGCCGCCUCACUCACCAAUCUCACCCACGACCUUCUCCUCCGACAUCCUACCCACGAGUUCUCCGUCCAUCCCGUCACCCACCCUCGAAGAAUCUCUCGUUCACACCCACGCAACCCCACUAACAACGCACUUUCCCGCCCUCGAAAUUUUAGAAGCCUGGGGCGACGCAUCCGGUCUCGACCACGAAUCUCUACUCUACUUUUUACCGCUCGAGGAGGUGUUGGCGACUGUUUGGGAGUUCUUGAGUGGGGUGGAACAAGACCUCUGGGAAGGCGCAUCGGACGUCUCUGGAGAAGAUGCGGUAGAAGGAGGUGAUGGCCAAGAUCGUGUGUUUGCUGGAGAGGAAGAAUGGAAGGAAGAGGAGGGAGAAAGUUGGUACACCCUCAAUAGUAAUCGGAGUUCUGGCGAGGAUUGGGAAAAGGCUUGUUUGAUGGAGGAAUUUGUCGAGUUAUCUAUUCCUGUUCCCGUUUCCAGUCUUGGAUAUACGGGCUUGGGAAAGGAAGGUGGUGUUUUGGAUAGUGAGACUUUCGUGCUUCCUACGGUUAAAGAAGACAGCCUUUUUACGGAGGAAGAUAUUCUGGAUCUGGUAGAUCGGUGA